GGAAGCUGCUUUUUCGACCUGGCUGAAAAUCUUCCCCUAGAAAGGUACAUUUCGAAAGCCGUUCCCUUUGAGUUUUGUUUUCUAUUACAUUUUGAAUGGCAACUUAGAUACUUAAACCUAUGGAACGCAAAUUCAUUCGCUCCCAGGGGCCCAGCCCACCAGUAAAGCUGUAUCAGCACCGGGUCGACGGGACAGACGGAAGCGGCACGUCGUCGUACGGGGAGGUCCGCAGUGACAUCACGAUGAGCUACAAACCCAUCGCCCCUGCCCCGUCCGGCUCCAACCACACCCCGCCAGGCUCCAGUGUGCCUUCCCCCUCACUCCCCUCCUCCUCCAACUUCAGACCGGUCUUCAGUGAUUUCGGCCCGCCGUCGAUGGGCUAUAUUCAGCCAGUGAAAGUGUCUCAGGGCUCAACCUACAGCGAGCUGCUGUCAGUCAUCGAGGAGAUGAGUCGCGAGAUCCGCCCCACCUACGCCGGGAGCAAGAGCGCCAUGGAGAGGCUAAAGAGAGGUAUCAUUCACGCGAGGGCGCUGGUCAGGGAGUGUCUGGCAGAGACGGAGAGGAGCGCUCGCACAUAACCCUUUGCAGAAUCCCCCCCGUCCCUCGUCUCUGUACAGGCCUCAUCUAUGUGUCACGUCUUCGUUAUCCUGACUGAACUUGUAACCUUCCCUUGUUCCAUUCCCUCUUCCAUGUAGUCUCUCACAUCGCCUAUGGGGUGUGUUCAGUGUGUGUAACACAUUUUGCAGUUGUAGGGACAAUUUGCUCUCAGAACAUUCUGUAACUUAUCGGUUUCAUAGGCACCACAAGGACCUGGUAAAUAUUGUCUGAUCCUGGUUGUCCAGUUCAGUGAUGGUGAUGUAAAAUAUUUCUGAUAGAUUAUGGAAAACUAUGCCAUAAUGAAAUGUUUAUCUGAUGAGUUUGAUACUCUGAAUCUUUCUCUUAGCUGCUAUACUGACACCACUCAACAACCAAAGGUUCAAUUACACAUGGUUUUACAGUAAGCAACACUUAAGCCUUGUUCACACUGCAAGUUAAGUGCCCAAAUCAGAUGUGUGUUCAGAUAGCAGUCAUUUACUGACAUGGCUAUGCUAGUUGUCAUAGUAACGAGGGGGGUGGGGUGCGCAUUGGUGUUCGUGCUUGUGCUUCCUACCACUCAGAAGUCAUGUAGCAAGUAAACGUGACAAUGCCUGCAAUGGACAUUUCCCAGUUGCUUUGAAUGUUCAAAAUCAUAGUUUAAGAACACUUUAAAAGCCUCAGGAUAAGAUACUCCAACUUUCAAAACAAGUGUUUGGCUAGACACAGCAGUCAACUAACUAGGUAGCUGUUUAUCUUUCUAGCACAUUCACUCAUUUAUUUGUAAACGAUUAAUAAGCUAGUUAGUUGGCACAUUCUUGUCAAACUGUCAAGUGUAGCUAGCAAGCAACAAGAUAUGCCAAAUAAGUUUUUAAAAACACUUGACGGCAAAUCAAUCAGAUUUGACCAUUCAGACAAGUCGCAUGGCCAGGAAUCGGAUUUGUAUCGGACUUCAAACCACCUACGAAGGUGGCUUAAAAUAUCCUAUUCCAUGUACUAUUUGACUGUUCAGACUGCAGGAAAAAUACGUUUUGAAUCGGAUAUGCAAAAAAAAAAUGGAUUUGAUGUGAACAAGGCUUGACAGCAUCUUGAAAUACCCAGUGCUCUGUUCCACAUGCUACCACCCUACACAGUACACACAUCAAAUCAAACUUUGUCACAUGCGCUGAAUACAACAAGUGUAGACCUUACCGUGAAAUGCUUACAUUUUCUACUGUCAUUUCUGCUCCAUCCUCCUCCCAAUGAACUAUUACCUCACUACACACCUGAAAUCAGUUUUGUUAGUAUGGCAAUUUUGUAAACCCAAUUUUUGCAGUUCUGUACUUCAAAAAUUGAAUAAAAUAAAGUUUUCCAAUUAAAAA